UGGUCUCGCGAGAGUUGGCGUUACUGAAUACGCAGCUCGUUCUACUUUUGCACUGUCGAUAUUUCACCGCUCGCGAAUGUAUGACGUAUCAGGAUUUGUGGUUUAAAAAGAAAAUCUCGUCUGGUGUUUUUCACUUCGAACGUUGCGACUGAGCAAAACACCUGUCGAAGCCAGGAUGGCGAGCACUGACUUCACCCAGAAAAUGCUGCGGGCUGUUCUCCAGUCCAGCAAGGAUGGUGUGUCCAUUGAAAGCCUGCAGUCUGACUACAGCCAGCUGUGUGGAGAAACUAUCCCGCAUAGAAAACUGGGCUAUGCAAAGUUGGAGGACUACCUUCGCAGCAUCCCUUCAGUCGUGCGCAUGUCCUUCUACCAAGGCCAGUUGCGGUGCUUUGCUGGAGUUUGCGAACAGACAGCGCAUGUGGCAGAACUGGUCGCCAAACAGAAGAGCACAAAGAAAUCAGGGCGCUCCCAGCUGGUGAACUGCAGGAUGAGAUUCAAGUCCUCGGAUCCUUAUAUGCUGCUCAAUUGGAGGCAAAGAUCUUCAUUGCGUCAACCUUCAGCCUAUACCACCACUAGCUUUUCAUCAAACCAGUUUAGGUCCCGUGGUGGCUUCAGAGGUUUCAGCGCUGCGGGAGAUUUCAGGCAGUUGGAUCAAAGAUUCAGCUCAGUGACGCCUGUUCAGCACAGACCACCUGCCGUGGCAAAAGUGAACCAAAAGAGGGAGAACUCUGUGCCCAAAAAUGAUAAACCUAAAGCAAAACCCCCAGCGCCUUUGCCGUCCUCCAAACAGCCUCAGACGGACCUUUAUGAUGUGAAGCUGAUGAAACGGAGGAUAAGUUCAAUCCUGAAGAGAUACUGCUGUGGCCUCUGGCUCUCCAAGCUGCCAGACGUCUACAAACAAAUGUUUCAGCAGACACUUCACCCUCAAGUGCUCAUUGAUUUGAAAAAGUGGACUGAUGUUUGCAUGGUAGAACAAACCCUUUCAUCCAACAGCCUACUUUAUCCUCCUCGACCUGCCAAGUCGUCUGUUCCUCACACAAACGCCCAAAAAAGUGCUCCGUCAUCACAGCAUCCAUCUACUCCUUUGACUCCAACUCCUUCUCAGACGCAGACUUCUGAAUGUUUGCCUCUGCCUACCCUCAUCCCCCCACAGCCUCCUAGCCCGACCAAUCCGCAGGUCAACCGCAGUGGAAACUCUGCUGUAAACAAACACAUCCAUCAAACACAACCUAUUGUCCAAAACUCCACAAGUAUUCCUCUUUUGGCUUCACUCAACAAACGUGGCCCGGAAUUUCCGCCAGUUAAGAAUACCAACGGUGCCCCCAAUGCUUCCACUCACGGAGAUUCAUCUCCAGAUGUGUCCACUGAAGUUCGCACCAGGCUGAAAGAGCUGCUGUUGAAGUACAGUCAUGGAUUGUGGGUCCAUGCUUUGCCCAAACUUUUCAUCGACACGUACAAGACUCCAUUCCCCAAAGAAAUUCUGGACAACAUUUCCCUUCUGUUAGAACUUUGCAGUGUGGAGUAUCCAAAUCCAAAUGACAAAAGCAAGGCUAUCCUUUACAACUCAAAUAAAGAAAGCAGGAAACCCCCGGACUCUGAGGGGGGUCAGUACAGAAAUCCCCCGCCGCCAUCUGGUGUCGAAGUUUUGAGCUGCAUGAUUCCUGACUCUUUAACUUUGCCGUUGGAGCAGUUCUCCUCUGUGCUUGUUACAGAUUCCAGAAACGGACACACUGUUACCGUAAGGUACAUUGGGGCGAAAUAUUCCGGGGAACAGGAGUUGAUGGAGGAGUCCAUGCGCUCCUUCUAUUGCAGAACUGCAAUCCACAGAAAACAGGCCAAACUUGCGGUCGGUCAGCUUGUUGCAAUUCAGGGUGAAGAGGCAGAGGAGCUGGCCAGAGCGCAGGUCACAGAGAUCAUGUCAGAGGAAAACAAAGUCAAGAUAUAUUAUGUGGACUAUGGAUUUUUUGCUGAGACAGAUGCAACCAGUGUUCUCGAGAUACACCCCAACUUCUGCAUACUGCCCUUUCAAGCGGUUAAUGUUCUACUUGCAGGCUUGGAGGCAUUCAGCACCCAUCCUUUAGUGCUAUCCACUUUGGACAAGGUGGCAGUUGGAAAGAUCUUGGUGAUGGAAUCACUGGAGGCCUCUCAACAGAACAGCGUGCCACAAGUUGUUCUGUAUGACACGUCACAGGAUGAUGACAUUAACAUAAACUCCACGUGCCUGAAGGCCUUACAGGACGAGUCGAUGAACAACCCUUUGAUCAUUGAUUCCAUCAGUCAGCAGGUUAGUGUCACAAAUGUCUGCACAGAUGGAACCAUCUACUGCCAGGUGCCCUCCAGAGGAACUGCGAGACUUGAAAAGCUGCUUGAUCAGACGGAGGCAUUUUUCAGGGCCCAGACAACAUCUGAGUCUCUAGUAUCGAGACCUUUCGCGGGCAAGCUUUGUCUGGCUCGAUGCAAAGGAGAAUGGUCAAGAGUUGAGAUCACUAACCUGUAUGGAAACAGAGUGAUGGAGGUCUUCUACAUUGACUUGGGUCUCUCUGCAACCAUAGAGGUUACGGAUCUUCGUGAAUUUCCUCCACCGCUUAUCGAGGACUUGACUGUCAUUCCCCCACAGGCCAUUAAAUGCCGACUUGCUUCCCUGAACAUUCCCUCAAGUAACUGGACUGUUGAGAUGGUCUCAUUCCUGAAAGAGGUCAUCAGUGGUGUUCCACACUGUAAGAUGAAGAUUGAGAAUAUAGAGCAGCAUAAAGAGGAGAGGUUGGUUCAUAUGUACCUCUUUAUUGGAGCUGAUUCUCAAGAGCUGAGCAAGAGCAUCAACUACCAGUUGGCUCAUUCAGAGAUGUGGCGACAGCUCGUGUCCCAGAGUGAGCGCCACGCCAGCAACAGUGGACGUCAUGAUGUGGACGACGGGAAUCUGUCAAACGGCUCAAAACAUGCAAACUCUAACAUGGACCCCAGCGUGCCUCUAACUCUGGAGCUCCCUCAGCCUGGGCAGAACAUGGAUGUGUUUGUGCCAGUGGCCUGCCACCCCGGCCACUUUGUGCUGCAGCCCUGGAAGCACAUGCAUAAACUAGUGGUCCUGAUGGGCGAGAUGAUGCUCCAUUACAACCGACCACAGGAGUCCACCACGUGUCUGCAGGUUAAGAAAGGGGAGAUGUACGCUGCCAAAAUAGACAAGACUUGGCGCCGUGCACUAGUGAAGGGAACCCUCGCCAAUGGGUUGAUUUCCGUUUACGAGUUGGACUAUGGCAAGCAUGAGAUUGUCCGCAGCUCCUCCCUGAGACCCUUGGCAGAGGAAUUCAGGCAACUUCCUGUUCAGGCCAUCGCAGCCCAACUCGCAGGUGUGAAGCAGCAGACGUGGUCUGAAGCGGCUUCAAUGUUGUUCAGAAGCCAUGUGGAGAAAAAGGCACUUGUUGCCCAGGUGGAAAGUGUCCAAGAUUUAUCUGAGGUCAAAGGUGAGCCCUGGGCGCAGAAGUUGACCGUUUUUCUCGUGGACACUGGAGUGAAUGACCAGGACCUCUGGAUUCACAGCAUCAUUCAUAACAUUGACAGUGAGCUUACUUCAGCUGCCUAGAGACUGAAGAAAGAAAACUCAUUUUUCUCUGUUCUGUUUGCUCCUUUUCUGAAGAUGUUUGCCUGUUUACCUUGUUUGUCAAUUUUCUUUUGCUGGCAACGCUUGUUAUGAAAGUCCUGUUUUAUUCAAAAUAAAUA